GCUCGCUAGCCGUUCCCUCGCCAGGACUCACUUGUCACCCGCCAGUCCCUCUUCCCUCAGCCCCCCAACACCACCUUCCCAGCGCAGAUGAAGGGUCUCGGCUGAAAAGCCCCACAGAUGCUGGUGUCUCCGCUGUCUGCCGCGCAGGGACGGCUCCGGAUAAACCGGGUCACCGGUAGAGGCAGCAGAAGGCGCCGGGAACAGAGAGAGCAUGGAAACCGAUGCAGGUGGAGGAGAAGAUGCAGUGGAGUACUUCUUUAAGAAAAGAAGAAUACACUCAAAGGAUGCCCUGGAAAUCAUCUGGUAUCACGCUGCAAACAGAAAAGCUCGAAUGAAAGAAGCACUGAACAGUGAUGCACACAUGAUCGAAGCAGAUGUUGUUUUUGGAAGCCAAGGGCCAAUUAUGGCCCAUCCUCCUGAAACCGACAGUGACAACACAUUGCAAAACUGGUUGAAUGAGGUGCUACAGUCAGAUAAAGGCAUCAAGCUGGAUUUUAAGAGUUUAUCAGCAGUGGAACCAGCUAUGAAAACGUUACUGUCAAUGAAACACUGUCUCGCCCGUCCUGUCUGGAUCAAUGCGGAUGUGCUCCCUGGACCAGGUGGGAACAGUUCUGAAAGAAUCGCAAGUGAGUUUCUGCACAUAGUGACUUCACACUUGACAGAUGUAACCCUGUCCCUGGGAUGGACAACCACCUUGCCAGUUGUUCAAAAUCAAGGUAAUCAUGGCUACACCUGGGAGAUGGUGAAGGAGAUGGAAGAGGUUUGUCGGGCGCUGUGCCAGCCAGUUACAUUCCCUGUCAGAGCCGCACUGGUUGCACCCUCCUGGCCUCAGCUACACUGGUUAUUACAGCAGUCGGAAAGAUACAGUCUGACCGUAUGGACAGCGAGAGAAGAUUCUUACUCCCUCCAGGAUAUGUCAUCCAUCAGAGAGGACUUUGACAAAUCAAGGAUCUACUACGAUCUUUUUGAACCUCAAAUGAGUGAAUUAAGGCAUGCAGUAAAGAAGAAGAUUAAAGACCAUGUAUAACAGCAAGUUAACACAAAAUAGACUUCGUAUUUUUGCAGUACUUUUAACAUAGUAACAUGGAGUAAGACCUUGAACACAGCACAGGAACAGGCCCUUCAUGGAACCAAUUAAAUUAAUAUGGCUAACUAAACUCCUUUCUUCUACCUACACAAUGUCCAUACUUUUCCAUUUUCCUCACAUUUGGCUCCAACAUUUGAAGCCCAAGCUCCAGAAUCAGGAAUAAACAAUAAGCGACAGCUCGGUACCCUCAGUCUCCACAAACAAGAGAAAAUCUACAGAUGCUAGAAGUUGAUGUUUCAGCCUAAGAACCUUCAUGAGGACUGAUGAAGUCUUGGCCUGAAAUGUUGACUGUUUACUCUUUUCCAUAGAUACCGCCUGGCUGCUGAGUUCCUCUAGCAUUUUGUGUGUGACCCUUUGUCUCCACCUGUUCUCACCAAAGCCUGAGCACUCUAACACUGGCUCACUCACACAAUGGCCACUCUCAUUGCACCUUCCUUUUGUAUAUUGUCUCAAAAAAUACUCACUCCGACGAGACCUAAUACUUUCAAAUUGCUCCUGCCCCCGCAACAAUGCUGUUCACUCACUCGCUAAUUCAAAGAGUAACUCAAAUUCAGAUUGAUACCAAGUUAGAAAAUAUGUCAGGUACAAGGCAGAUUUCAAGAAGCAUUUUAGGGGAAGUUCCAAAGCUGAAGCAUCAACAAACGAUGGUAUGAUUAAAACUGGAGACGCACAAGUGACUGAAAUGAAGAGUCAGAAAGAUUCGAGGGAUUGUGGUGAUAAGAAUACAACAGGAACUAUUAGGACAGCUCUCUUGAAGUGUCUUUGAAGAGAAUAGUUAGACUCACACAUAGAGAAUCCCACUCAUCACAGCUGCCUUGCUUUAUAUGAGCGAUGAUUUUAGAUACUGGAGUUUUCUCCCAUUGAAACCCAUGCUCUUCAGUUUGCUGGGGUACUUUCAUGUCAACAGCAAACCCUCUUAUUCUCAAAUUCAGCUGUUUGGUCCAGGUUUGAGGAGAUCUAUGAUCAGAUCUGGACAAUGAUCAUUGUGAAAACCCAAACUGGGUGUCAGUGAGACAACAUUCGUUGAUAAUUCAUUCAAUAAACUCUGUGUUGUACGGCAUGGGUGAUCAUGAUUUAUCCAUGAUCAUGAGUGCUCUUGCAAAUUUUUCUACAGAAGUGGCUUACCUUUGCCUUCUGGGCUGUGUCUUUGCAAAGACAGGUGACCCCAGCCAUUAUCAAUAUUCUUCAGAGAUUGUCUGCCUGGCGUCAGUGGUUGCAUAACCAGGGGCUGUGAUAUGCACCAGCUGCUUAUACAAACAUCCACCACCCCUUUUCAUAGCUUCACAUGACUAAUCGGAGGGCUAGGCAUGUGCUACACCUUGCCCAAGGGUGACGUGCAGGCUAGCAGAGACGGGAAGUGCCUUACCUCUCCUUUGGUCCUGACCCAACCAGCCAGUUUAAAGCACUGUCAAAGAUCUAACUUCCAUCACUGUGAGUAGGGCAGUCGUACUCUCGUGAUUGAGAGAAUGAAUGCCCCACAAGCAUACUAUCAGAAGGUUGGAUUAGUCCAUUUUGUGAACUAAUGGACUAAUCUAGCCUUCUGAUAGUAUGCUUGUGGGGCAGUCAUUUUCCUCACUAGUCAUUUUCCUCACUGUGGGGUAUAAGCCAGCAAUGGUACAGGAACACCUGGGCUGGAUGCACACCCAUACAAGUUACCAGGGUCUUGGGGUCAAUACUGAAGUUCAGACCCAAAGAUUGAUCGGAAGUCCUGAAAGCGAAGCCUGAAACCUGGAGGCUGGAGUGAGAGAGUGAGUGUGUGUGUCAGGAAAGGGGCUUCUUUUAUUACUUGUGGUGUUCUGUGUGGUUCUUUCAAGCACUGUGGGCAUGUUGUGUUGGCACUGGAAUGUGUGGUAACGCUUACGGGCUGCUUCAGCACAUCACUAGGUUGUGUUGGUUGUCAAAGCAAAUGACACAUUUUCUGGUAUGUCUUGAUGUUUGUGUGAUAAAUAAAUGAAUCUUCUUGCCCACCCCCUCCCAGUUUCUGAUGCUGUGGCCUCUGCUUCAUUCAGCAUUCUUCCUGAAAUAGUCACUCUUUGACUAUUUUAUUAGGUGCAAGGGUGGAAACCAGUGUGGUCAUCUGCUGUUGUGGCCCAUCCACUUCAGGGUUCAACAUGUGCAUUGAGAGAUGCUGUUCUGCACACCACUGUUGUAAAGUGAGGUUAAACUAAUGGCACCUUUCUGUCAACUCGAACCAGUCUGGCCAUUCUCCCCUGGCCUCUCACCAACAAGGAAUUUCGUCACAGAACUGCUGCUCACUUUUUUAUUUGUUUUUCGUACCAUUGUCUGUAAAUUCUAAAGAUGUACAUGAAUAUCCCAGUGCAUAAGCAGUUUCUGAGAUACUCAAACUACCCUGUCUGGCACCAACAAUCACUCCAUGGUCAAAGGCACUUGGAUCACAGUUCUUCCCCAAUCUGAUGUUUGGUCUGAUCAACAACUGAACCUACUGAACAAGUCUGGAUGCUUUUAUGCAUUGAGUUACUACCACACAAUUCGCUGGUUGGAUAUCUGCAUUAACAAGCUGGUGUACCUAAUAAAGUGGCCACUCAACAUUAUUCAAAGUUCAAAUCUGCAAAAGGACCACAGAGAAAAAGAGUUGGGAAAAUUUAACUUUUUAUACACUGCCAAAACACACUUUUAUCUGGCUGAAGUCACAUUCCUUGUGAGUUGUAAGAAUAUCAUUUGCAAAGUUAUGCAAAGGUGGGUGGAGUAUCUUGGAUUUACAUCUAAGCUAUUUACAUAUAAAUAUGAAUGGGACCAUCCAUUUUAAAGUCAUAUCACCCAUCUGAGGAUUGCUUAAAUAAAUUGCAAAGUGCUACCGUGUAUAUUGCAGUCUGGGGAACAUUAGUGAUUGCAUAUUGUGAGCCUACAAUGAUGCAAGUUAUCUGUAUUUACAGUGUUUUAUACAGAUUUUGAAAGGGUUAAGGAGCUGUCCUGUGGAGGUUUUGAAAUGGGCUUUGUUAGAGGAAAAACUAGCCUCUGGUAAAUGGGUCAUUACCCAAUGUCAUAGAUUCAGAAUGACUGGGAAAAUAUCUAGAGAGGCAAUCGGAAGAAAUCUUUUCAUGCAGGAACUCUUGGGACAAGAAGAAGGUUCCUUGAAAAGGUAAAAACAGGUACACAGAUGUUUUAGGAUGAAGAACACUCUGUGUGUAUAAUUUUUUUUUAUUUGUUGUCUUGGGCAAAGGAGUCUGAACAGGACCUUUGACCUAUUUGGUAAGAAGACUCUGUACUGUACUGAGAAAUACUGAUAAAAUUCAGCCUUGGCAAGGUGAAACUGUUUCUGCAGAGGCUCGUGACCAAACAUCCGUUAGCAAACAUCUGUGCAAAGUUCUACUGACUCACGAGCUAGCCCAAGAAGCCGCACCCAGCAUUACGCACAGCCGAUGGUCUCCCAGCAUCUGCUCUGCUGCUUCAUGUGCAGCUUCACUCUGUGGGCUAAAACACCACAAAACAGAAGCUGUGGACACAGCUUAACACAUCACGGGAACUAGCCUCCCCUCUAUGAACAAUUCUCUCUACCUCAGUAAAGCAGUCAGCACAAAGACUGCUCCCACCCAAAACAUUCUCUCUUCUCCCCUCUCCCAUUGGACAGGAGAUACAAAAGCAUUAUAGCACGUUCCACCAGGCACAGGGGCAGCUUUUACCCCACUGUUAUCAGAUUCUUGAUUAUUGUAUGGAACAAUUUGUUAUAAACCACCUAUGUAAUUGCAGAGCCUUUGACAAUGCAGAUUUCAACAUGCACUUUAGAACCCUAAAACGAUUCUAUCUUAGAGAAUUAAUUGGUUAAUCUUGCCUGCAGACAACCUGCCCUCCAUUUUCAAACUUAGAAACAGUUUUCAUUUUUUUUUGUUGACAUACAGCACAGAAUCGGACUUACAGCCCUUUGAGCCGUUCCACCCAGCAAUCUCCCAAUUUAAUCCUAGCUUAAUCAUGUGACAAUUUACAAUGACCAAUUAACCUACUAAUCAGUAUGUCUUUGUAACGUGGGAGGAAACCCAUGCACUCAAAGGGAAAACAUACAAACUUCUUACAGGCAGCAUUGGGAACUGAAACCAGGUGGCUGUACUGUAAACAGUUGUGCUACUCGCUAUGCUACCCCGCUGCCCCAACUGUUCUUGAACCUGGUUGUGCAAGUCCUGGAGUGUUAUAUUAACUAGAGUUAGAAAUAUCAAGUUUUCCUAAUGGGCUUUAAAGUACAAAGUAGAAGUUUAAAAAAAUAUAUAACUGUUCUAAUUUUCUGGAUGACCGUGUUUUUAUGUUUCUGUUUAGCUGCAUUACUCUCCACUAACAACUUUAUCUCAGAACUAUUCAUGGAACAUGUUACUAACCAUGUAAGGCACUCAACAGAAUUUCUAUCUGGCCAUAAUUAUGAAAGUUUGCUCCUUAUUUCUGAAAGUGGAAUUUCACUCUCAAUUGAAGAAAUUUGAAAUAUGAACCCAAUAAUUUGAAUUUUACGUUUACUGUGUGUUAAAUGUGACAUUUCAUUGGAUGAUGGCGUACUCAAUUACAGCAGCUUCUACGAUGUCAACCAGAGGUGUUACUGUCUUUUUAAAGUGUCUGUUUUACAAUGGCAAGGCCCAGCUGUAUAUGAAGAACUUGAAGUACUGCUGGUCUACCUCAUCGGCGAGUUUUUCGUUGGUGGAGAAACUGACGGAGUUGAACUUGGUGCAGAUCGUGCUGCUGCCCGCGACAGAGAGGUGUCAGAGGAGUUGGUGCGCGAAAGCAGUAUGCAGUCUAACAGCGACUGAUCAUCUUACUUGGCUGACUUAUGAUUGCAAGACCCUGUUGGACAUUGUUAAUGUGGAAUGCUGCAAGUCAGAUUCACUGAUUUAUUGGUGGACGUCAUAGCGAGAACUAGGCCUCAAACCACGUUGUCGCCUGUUUACUGCCGCCCAGGAGAAAGGUGUCUGGAGUUGGUGCACUCCACUGGAGGCGGUGCCCAAGCUGGAGUCAUUGCUGCUCUCCAGUGUUCAUUCGGUAGAGGACAAGCAGUAUUGUGUUUUGACUGCUGACUGCUGCAAGAUUCAUGGGACUCAGGGACUUGAACUAUAUAUAUUUUUUGUGUGUCCAUACUGAUAUCUUAUAUGUAACUUCUGCUGUGUAAGACUGUUGGUACUGUGUUUUGCACCUUGACUUUGGAGUAAUGCUGUUUAGCUGUAUUCAUCAGUAUUCAGGUAUAGUUGAAUGACAAAAGUGAACUUUGAAUUUCUGAGGGAUAUAUGUACACAAAUAGUGCAAUAUUUCUAUGGAAAUGAGUAAUUACCUCUGCAACUGGUAUUCAAUAUACAAAGCAUGAUUUGAGUAAUGAGACUCUCCUGAUGAUUCACCAUAAAUACAGGCAUUUUGCAAAUUAUUUAUGUAUUUGUUUGGAGAUACAGUAUGGAACGGACCCUUCCAGCCCAGUGAGCCACCCCACCCUGCAACCCAUCUAUUUAACAUUAACUGAAUCACAGGACAGUUUACAAUGAUCACCUAACCUACUAACCCAUUCAUGUCUGGAAUGUGAGAGAAAACUGGAACACCCGGAGGAAACACACGCAGUCACAGGGAGAACGUACAAACUCCUUCCAGACACCACCGGAGUUGAACUCGGAACUCCCAAAAUGUCCCGGGCACUAACCACUAGCA